AUGUCGCCCAACGGCCAAGCCUUUCUUUUGAAUCCCUCUGCGCCUGAAGGCCCCACCAAAUUUCCACAGGCACGAACGAUACCCAGUGGAAGCCGAACCAUCUACAUCUCUGGCAUUGCGAGCGUGCUCCCGGACGGUAGCGUUGCUGGUGUAGAGCACGAUAAAGUUCCCGACGUCAAGAUCCAGACACGAACAAUCCUCGGCACCAUAGACCAGAUUAUCGCAGGCGCUUCAGGAGGCAAAGGAGGUGUGCAAAAUUUGAUUGAUGCUGUGGUCUAUCUUACCGCCAUGGAAAGGGACUAUCCUGGGAUGAAUGAGGAAUGGAACAGGGUUUUUGGCAGUCGUGAGGUGGCGCCUGCGAGAGCGACAAUCGGAGUGAAAGACUUGCCCGAUCCCAAUUUCGUGGUUGAGGUCAAGGGAGUUGCUAUAGUCCCCGAAUAG